AUGCUAAUUGUUCUGGUGAGAGCUUUCUUCUGUUGUUUGUGCGUAUCUAUCUCAGUCUCUUCACAUCUAUCUAUCUAUCUAUCUAUCUAUCUAUCUAUCUAUCUAUCUAUCUAUCUCAGUUUGUUCAUAUCUAUCUAUCUAUCUCAAUUUGUUCAUAUCUCUCUCUCUCACUAUCUAUCUAUCUAUCUAUCUAUCUAUCUAUCUCAGUUUGUUCCUAUCUAUCUAUCUAUCUAUCUAUCUAUCUAUCUAUCUAAGUCUGUUCAUAUCUAUCUAUCUAUCUAUAUCUAUCUAUCUAUCUAUCUAUCUAUCUAUCUAUCUAUCUAUUUUCGUCUCUUUAUAUCUAUUUCCAAAACUAUCUAUCAAUCUCUAUCUUCCUAUCUUUUUAAACUCUCUCUUCUCUUCUUUUUUCGUCUCUUCUCUUCUCUCUUCUCUUCUCUUUUCUCUUCUCUUUUCUGUACCUUGAACACUGAUGUCGAUUUACCUUGGUCAUAUGAACAGGUUGUUCAUCUUUUAUUUACUGGACACUAUUUUCAUCAGGUGAAAGGUUUGAUAUGCGUAGUUCUGUUUCGAAAAUAUAAUACCAUUUAUUCUUUAUUUAUCGAAUUCUUUUCUCGAUUGACUUUAUUUAAUUGUUUUUUAUUCGACUUUUUGUUUUUUUUAUCCUUCAUUUUUCUUUCUUUUUAUUAUAAUUUAAAAAAUUUUCUUAACAUCCUUUAUUAUCUGCAUUGUUUUCCCUUAUUCUUUCUUUCUUUUUUCCUUUCAUUCAUUCAUUCUUCUUAUCUUUCUUUCUUUUUCUAUCUUUCUUUCAUUCAUUCAUACAUUCAUUCAUUCUUUUCAUUUAUUCAUUGUUUUAAUCAUUCAUUCAUUCUUUCUUUCUUUCUUUCUUUCUUUCCUCCUAUCUUUUUCUUUUAUUCAUACAUUUAUUCAAGCUAUUUCUGCACCAAUAACAUUUACAAAAUUAUCAACUCUCAUAAUAACUAUAUUUUAAAUCGUCCCCCCCCCCCAACAUUCUUUUCUUCCUUCCCUUUCUACGCCUUUGCUUCCGCUUCUUUCUUUCUUUCUUUCUUUCUCUCUUUCUUUCGCUCUUUAACUCUUUCGCUCUUUCUUUCUUUCGCACUUUCUUUCUGUCUUUCUUUCGCACUUUCUUUUGUCUUUUUUCUUUCUAUUUUGUUUUCUUUUUAUUUUCUUUCUUUCUUUCUUUCUUCCUCUCUUUCUUUCUUUCUUUCUGUCUUUCUUUCUUUUAUCUAUCUUAUUCUCCCUCUUUUUCUCUAUCAUUUACUUUUACUCAUUCUUUCUUUCUUUCAUUCUUGUAAAAAUGAUUUCCUUUACUCUCAUAAUAUCUUUUCUGAGUCCCUUUCUUCUUUUUCCUUCAUGGUUCUUCUAACUGAAACUCCAAACACAACUACCCCCACCGUCCUAAAUAUCUUCCCUAUCACACCCUGA